GUUACGUUAAUUUCUAGGAAUGCUUUAAGGUAUGAGUGUGCCGAGUGGUGGGAACAAGAAGGGGAUGCCAAGGAAGGAAUCAUGGGAUGAUGAUGAGGAUUCAGAAGUGGAGAUAGCGAACAUUUCAAGUGAAGAUAAGGAUCUGAGGAAGGAUUCCAAAGGAGGGGUUGGAGUUGGAAGGAAGAGAAUAAUAUUCUUUUUAGGGCAGAUAUGGCUUAGGUGGCCUGCAGCUUUCUUUGUUCGGCAUAUGUGGUUGGAAAAGGAUUUUGUUGGUUGUAUUGCUUAUAUGCUUUGGGUUGCUUAUGUGUGCUUGCAAUUUAGUGGUUGCCACCUCAAAGAAAGAGGAAAAAGGGAAGGUAUAGGGCAGAUGUGGUGAUUGAUGGCUAAGGUUCAAUUUUGAUCGGAAAUGUUUUGUUGAUGGAUGUAGAGGAAAGCAAUUUGAAAAGGAAAAGUAGAGUUUGGUUCACUGUUGUAUUAUUACGUUGGAUGAGAUGAGUCAACAAUCGAUGAUCUGCCAAGCCAAGUGUCAAUUCAAAAAAGUGAGCCUGCUGUAACUCUAUUCUACAUGUGUCUGCCACUACUUCUUAGGCCUAGGUUUUUGAAACAACAAGGGAUGCUAGGUUUAUGCUUGCUUAUCGUAAUAUAACUAGAAGCUUAAA